AGAUUAUAGGAUUUUAUUUAUUUUUAUAGGAAACAAAUCAAGGGUAUUAUUGUAAACUCCUAAUUUUCCUUUGGUUGUUCUGUUGAUUGCUAAGAGUUCCAGUUUUCCUUUCUAAUACAGUGAUGUCAUUGAGAUGGCAAGCUAUGCACCACUUUUUGUAAAUGCUAAUGAUCGACGGUGGAACCCAGAUGCAUUUGUCUCAUCGCAACAGUAUGGAACUCUUAGCUACUGGAUGCAACCAUUUUUCGUCGAAUCAAAUGGUUCAAUGGUUCUCAACACCACCCUCGAAGCAAGUUCCUUAGAUUCGCUAACUUCCUCUGGAAUUACUUGGAAAAACAUGAAUGACAACAACAAUUACAUAAGAAUAAAGAUUGUCAACUUUGGGGGAGACAUAGUGAACCUCAAGAUAACUGUUAACGGACUGGAUCUGAACUCCAUAGGCUUAUUUGUGUCAACAGAAACUGUGCUCGCAUCCAAUAAUUUAAUGAAUGAGAAUUCUUUCAAAGAGCCAAAAAAAGAUUCUCUGUAUUCUGUCCAUUAUUGUUUUCUGCGAUACCUCAGUCCUAUCUUCACUAGGACAACUGUUUUAACUGAGAUCUACAUUGCUGAUUUUGAUUCUGUGUACAGAAUUCUUCAACUGACAGUGUCCUCUUUCACAACCUGUUUUCAAAUUUCAAUUCAGCUGGUUGUUUCACACAAUCCUACUUCGAGUAGGAUUGAACCUUGUGACCUUAAAAGCCUGAAAUCGACAUAUACUGUUUCUGAACUGUGA